AUGGAGCCAGAUAACAGCCCACGAAAGAUCCAGUUCACCGUGCCGCUGCUGGAGCCGCACCUGGACCCCGAGGCGGCCGAACAGAUUCGGAGGCGCCGCCCCACCCCUGCCACACUUGUGCUGACCAGUGACCAGUCAUCCCCAGAGAUAGAUGAAGACAGGAUCCCCAACCCACUUCUCAAGUCCACUUUGUCAAUGUCUCCACGGCAACGGAAGAAGAUGACAAGGACCACACCCACCAUGAAAGAGCUCCAGACGAUGGUUGAGCAUCACCUAGGGCAACAGAAGCAAGGAGAGGAACCUGAGGAAGCUACUGAGAGCACAGGGACCUGCCCACUUGAGAUCCCAGACACAGGCUCAGCAUCAAGGCUGGGUACUCCUGGGAUAGCACAAAAGCCUGCAGCAUCCACCCCCAAGAUUCAGGAGCAGUGUGGUGUGCAGCCCAGAACAAAGGACCCUUCAGCCCCCUUGCCACCAGCGGAUUCCCAGGGAACCAGCUUGUGCUCCACAGCCAAAAAGGGCAUAGUCCGGGUGGUGCCGCAGACAGCCUUCCCCUGGGCCUCUCGCCAUACUCAGAUGACAGCUAUAAAGACACGUGAGAGAGCUUUUGCCUUGUGA